AGAAGGAAAAAUAGAGAAAAAUGUGGAGAUUUCUGUUUUUCGCUGUUUUUGUGAACGGUGGUGCAUUUGGGUGCAAAUGGGUUUGCAUUGAUAAUAAAAAUCAUAUAAUAAAGGAAUACAUCGAUAGUAGCAAGUUCAAGCUAGAUUUUCCGAAAAAUGAGAUUAAAGUGCCUGAUUCAUCUGUGCAAAAAGCAGAGAACAACAGACGUAAAGCCUCCGAAAUUAUACCAGAGGUGUCUCUUCGAAUGCCCGAAUUUGUUGUGGAGCCUACUAAAGGUAAAACGAGAAAGAAAAAUAAAGAACUGACCUGUAACUCCAAACAAUUCAAAACAACAAUGAAAGAAAUGACGAAAAAAAUUAAAUGUAGACCAAGGGACACCAUCGUGGACAUCAAAUACAAGGGAAGUAAGGUCUUGCCGAACAAAGUCAGCACGAAAUUAUGUUCGGGGGUAUGUUCAGGAACAAAAACCUGUAUGGCAGUCGAGAGUAAGAACGUCUCUUUGACAGUUUCCAUCCAGGAUUCCAGUAGCAGAUUCAAAUGCUCCAACGUCAUGAUUCCGGAACACACCAAAUGUCGGUGUGGCUGUGACAAAACUUCUACAGAUUGCUCACCGAGUCAAAUUUUCGAUAAAAAGUUUUGCAAAUGCAAGUGCAAAAACGAUAAUGAUUACCAAAUGUGCAUGGAGAAUAUAUCGAGCAACUUCAACAAGUACGUGUGGAAUAAAAUAACAUGUUCUUGUGAUUGCAAAGUCGAGUAUGUUUGUACAACAGGAACUGAUUGGGACAGAAACGAAUGUAAAUGUAUUCGUACUAAUAAAAAUAAACUUAAAUAAAAUUAUGUACUUGUACUCUGUAUAAUCUGUCUCCACACUCCCAAGUGUCUGUAAUAAUGCAAUAAAGAUUUU